UGCUGGAGUGUAGAUGAGGGGUGGAGGGAGAAGUGGUGGGACUGGUGUGCAGUUGAGGGGUGGAAGGAGAGGUGGUAGGACUGCAGUGCAGGUGAGGGGUGGAGGGAGAGGUGGUAAGACUGGUGUGCAGUUGAGGGGUGGAGGGAGGGGUGCUGGUGCUGCUAUGCCAAUGAGAGGUGGUGCACAAAUGGGAGGCCAUCAGGUCAAUAUCCCAACAAACUAUGAUCAAGCAACACAAGCCUCUCAGACAUCAACCAUCACAGCAAUAAACAAAGACAAAAGGUUUGCAAGUAGGCCAUAGUCUAAUUGCAGGUGCUGUUUCUGGGCAUAUUUUUGUAAAUGGUGCACAAAUAGUUGUCUUUUGUAAAUUGUGCACAAAUUAAUACUAGUAAUAGGCUUAUUAAUGGCUAGGUUUUUGGCAAGUGGCCCACAGAUAUAUGGUUAUGGUGGGCUAUUUAUGGUGCAAUGUUAUGAUGCACGUUUGGUAUUAUUUUGUUUGAACAACUGGUUUGGCCGAUCUGGAUGGCUAUGGAUAUGCAUGAACAUUUGGUGGUACCUUUUUUGUAAGCACCAAUGGUUUAAU